AUGUCCAUGUUUCCUCUGCUGAAAGGGAUGGAGAAAAACUCUGCUUCAUUUUGGCUGGGAGGAUUACGAAAAUGCCACCAAUCAAAUUCUAACUUGUGUCUUUGUCUGGCUGAACCUGAAUCAGACUUUGUUCUAGUGUGGGAGGUGAAACGGAGAAAGUGUCACUCCCAAAAGAGGGGGAGAUUGGAGACCAGCAGUCAGGGAGGUCGGGGGAGGGCCGAGGAGGAGAGAAGCAGGUCUGAAUGGAGAAAAGACUCGAUGACUCGAUGGAGGGACAAAUUCACCCAAAACCUGCAGAAUACCGGCCUGCUGCUGGAAAAGGAGGAGACAGCGAGCAGGAAAAAAUCCAUCCAUUAUCUGAAAUUUAGCGCCCCCUGGGAUGUGUUGGUUUAUUACGCAGAGGAGCUCAUUCUAAGAGUGCCCCUAGAGGCUCAACCAAACCCAGACUUCUAUACGUCUGACUGGAUCCUUCGGAAGCUAUGCAUUCCCAACAUCAUGGCUGAGUCCGUGCCCAGCAGGCCACUGGACUACUACACUUGUGCCUUUCGCAAGUCAAAUGGAGAAGUGAGUACCUAGGUGGAGAAGUUCCUUGGCUUUGAGGACCAUGACAGCUACUUUACUAACACACAGAGACACCGUAUAGUGUAUAAGCUUCUGGCAAGUAUGGUGUAUGGCAAGAGGAAGAGCACGGAGGUGGGCGUGGCUCGACUGCUCAACGAGGGGGCAUACACUGCAGCGUUUCCCUUGCAUGAGGGCCCAUUUGAGCUGCCAGAGUAUGAGGUGUGUCCAGAUGAGCUCAACCAGAGGCAGGUCUGGUUCCAGUAUUGGGCCCGCUGGUCUAAGUGGAACAAGUACCAGCCACUGGACCACAUCAGAGAAUACUUUGGAGAGAAGAUAGCCUUUUACUUUGCCUGGCUGGGCUUCUACAUAGCCUGGCUGCUCCCAGCAGCAGUGGUGGGGACCUUUGUCUUUGUGUCAGGAGUCAUGUCCGAGGGCACCAACACUCCUGCAUGAGAUAUAUGUAGCAGUGGGAACAGCUACCUGAUGUGUCCUCUCUGUAAGACCUGCAAGCCUUGGAACAUGUCUGAUAUCUGCCCCAUGGCUAAGGUGGGCUACCUGUUUGACCACCCCAGGACAGUUUUCUUCAGUGUGUUCAUGUCAUUCUGGGCAGUCACCUUACUGGAGUACUGAAAACGCAAGAUGGCCACCCUGGCUCACCACUGGGACUGCAUGGACUUCCAAGAGGAGGAGAAGCCUCCUCGGCCUGAGUUUGCGGACAUGGCUCUAGCUAUGGAACACAACCCAGUGACGGGAGUGAAAGAGCCCUACUUCCCAGAGAAGGCCCGGCUGUCCCGCAUUCUCACUUGCUCCAUGGUCAUCAUGAUCAUCAUGUUUUGUGUGGUGAGGAUCUUCCUGGUGAAAGUGAUCAUGUACCGUGGGAUAGUGAGUGUGAUGAUGUACCGCACAGGCAGCGUUGUGCUGCGCACUCAGGUACAGAACAUUGCCAAUAUCUCCAGCAGUAUGGUGAAUCUGGCCCUGAUUCUGCUGAUGGGGCUGCAGCUCACUAAAUUGGGUAAGAACACAGACCUCAGCCACAUCCCUGCUUUCUUGAUUGCCUUCACAUCAGGUUUCUUACCGCGACUGCUUUACCGUUAAAAGUUUGACAACAAUCUGAACGGAUAUGUUAAUUUCACUCUGGCCUAUGCUCCACCCAGCUACACCAGCCAUCCCAUGUGCAGAUAUAAAGCCUUUAGGGACAACAAUGGAAAUUACACGGUUUACUGGGAAUUCCUGGCUGUAAGGUUAGGCUUCAUCAUCGCUUUCGAGCUUGUAGUGUUUUUCUUCCUGCAAGCGAUAGACUGGAUGGUGCCAGAUGUCUCUGAGUCUCUGGAGCUGAAGAUGAAGAGAGAGCGCUACUUGGCUAAGCAGGCCCUGGCUGACAAUCAGGAUGCCCUGUUGCAAGCGACGCGUCCUUUGGCAACAUGA